AUGGACCCGCUCAGCAACUGGACAUUCACCCAGGGCUUCAUCUUCGGCCAGGCAUCCUUCCUCCUCAUCCUCCUCCUCUUUGUCCGCUACAUCGUCUUCUCCCCCUCAGACCAGGUAGACCACGAUGCCUGGCGCAAACGGCGCCUUGAACAACAUGCCUCUUCUGCCGCAGCUAUCAAGGCUUCGACCUCGAGCCAUACCCCGCCGCCGCCAGCUUCGUUGUUGUCAAAGACAAAGUACGACAUGUCGGUGCAUGCCCCAGAGUCGGCGGACUGGCUCAACGUGCUCUUGGGACAGGUCGUCCAGGGGUAUCGCAAUGAUUUAUUGUCGGAUGGAGGGGAGGAGGGUGCGAGGCUGAGGGUGGAGAGGUGGCUGAACCCAAAAGGAAAGCAGUUGAGUUGGCUGGAUCCGAUCGAGGUGACCAAGAUUUCGUUGGGAAGUUCGUUUCCGCUAUUGUCGAAUGCGAGAAUACGGCCUGCGGAUGGACAUGGGAGAUUGCGUGCAGAAGUGGACGUCGAUUAUCUCGAUUCGAUGAGCAUGUCUCUGUCCACCGCCGUCCUUAUCAACUUUCCGCGACCUCGUUUUGCUGUCCUCCCCGUGUCUCUCGGUGUCGAACUUGUCUCGAUAGGCGGAACUAUGUCAGUCCAACUCCACGACCCCACAGGCGACCAGCAACAUCUUCACACCUCCCUCCUCCCGGACUUUCACCUCCACCUCAAAACUACCUCCCUCCUCGGCUCCCGCGCCAAACUCCAAGAUAUCCCCAAACUCGAACAACUCAUCGUCUCCCGCUUGCGCAGCUUGGUCCAAGACAAGUUUGUCAGUCCGAAUUAUAUCUCGGUGGGGUUGCCGAAGGUGCUUGCUGGGAGUGGCAGUAACGAGGAGGAGCAAGGGGUGGAUGGGGAUGAAGGGGCGGGGCAGCUUUUGGACGAUCUGGGUGAAGGGGCGGUGGGUGCUAUGAAGGAAGCUGUGGGGGAAGGGAUGAAGCGGAUGGUUGAAGACUUUAUGCCUUCCACCUCACCGCUUCUCGAGCUCAGGGAAGAGAAUCUGGUACAAGAACCAGAGCAGUAUGGUACUACGACAUCAGCCUUUGGUCCCGGGACACCCCUCAUACAGCCGCCGGGGACUUUCCCGCAUACGCCGGGGACGCAUCAGUUGAGGCAGGGCGGUAACCCAUUCUUCCCCGCCCUCCCUCAAACACCCACAGGUAGCGGCAGGCGCCCACAACUACAUCCUUCUCAAUCCCAAUCCCAAUCCCACCUCAAUCCGCCAUCCGCUCUGCAAAGUCAAUUCCAAGGGCAGCAAGGGUUGACGAGCCAAUCGCUGUAUCAAGCGUCGCAGUUCCAGAGACCGGAACGGCCCGGGGUGGUGCAUAGGCAGAGUAGUGGGCUGUCGGGGGCGGCGAGCUCGAGUUUGGCGCCGAGUCAGAGUCAGAGUCAGUUUAGGUUUAGGGGUCAGUUUGCUUCGAAGGGAUGA